AUGGCUAAAACCCCCAAAUCUGCCGAUAAAAAAAUGAAAACAAUAUUUUCUUAUUUUAAUAAAACACCUUCUGAGAAACGAAGUGCACUAACGUCACAGUCCGAUCAGAACAGCGAAAUUGACAAAGUAGCUAGCGCGCCAAAAUUGAGAGAUGAAGAAAUUGUUGCAAACUUGAAAGUGAAUGAAGGGGAUUUGGUGUGGGCCAAGAUGCAGGGCCAUCCAUGGUGGCCUAGCCUUGUUUGCAAGCAUUGCAAAGAAGGUAAAUUUUGGAAAAAAGAAAAUGCAACCAUGAAGAUUCAUGUUCAAUUUUUUGGCAGUCCACCAAGUCGAGGAUGGGUUAAAGAGAUGUCUAUAAAGCCUUUCACUGGUUCAUCAUCAAAGGACUGCCAGAAGGGAGGUUUUCUGCACUGCCACCAGGCUGCAUGGAAGGAUGCUCUAAAGGAAGCUGACAAAGCCCUCCAUGUCAGCGUAGAGGCUCGGGAUAAGUUGGUUGUCACGAUCGAUUCAUCGGAUGAUCUUAAGAAAGGCAAAGAUGAUAAAGAGAAUGCUCCAGGAAAUUCAGAAUCAAUGAGCUCCUCGAGCACUCCAAAGCGAAAGUCGACACGAAACACUGGCAAGAACAAACGUCGUCGCAUAAUUAUGGAUUCUGAUGAAGAAGAAGAGGCUGGAGAUGACUCAAACGAAGAAUCAUUCCAACCAUCAACGGAAGAAGAUUCCACGGAUGAUGGCGUUAGUGAAGGUGACAGUGAUGAAACAAAUAACAACCACAAUAGUGAUGAUGAUGAUGAUGAUAAUGGCGGCAAGCCUAUAAAAACUAAAAAGCGUUCCAGAGGAGGCAAGAUUAAAUCAGAAUCAAAAGUUGAGAAGUCGCCAACAAGAGGUGUCGUAAGAGUUUUCCCAAAUCAAAUAGUCAAACGUAGUAGACCUAAAAAGUUGAAGAAAACUGAUGAUGAUAAAGAUGAUGACAUGAAGAUAGAUAUGUGUGAUGAUAGUGAGGACCGAAAGACUCAAGUUAAAACUGCACAAACAACAUCACCAAAUUCAAGCGGACAACGAACAUUCCCACACACAUCUUUCAAAUUUCUGCAACCUCCCUACAUCAUGGACGCAAACAGACGUAAGGAAGAUGAUCCUGAUUAUGAUCCUAAAACUCUCUACGUGCCAGUUGAUUUUCUUAACAAGCAAACCCCAGCCAUGAAGCAAUGGUGGGUAUUGAAGAGUCAAUAUUUUGAUACUUUACUUUUCUUCAAGAUGGGAAAGUUUUAUGAACUGUUUCACAUGGAUGCAGUCAUUGCGGUCAACGAAUUAGGCUUGCUCUUCAUGAAGAUUUCAACGAAUAAUGAACACUUUCAUGUUAAAAUUUUUGAAUCGAAUCAUUACAGCGUCAUUAACUAUACAAGUACCAUCUGUACACAGGGUGAUCAUGCCCACUGUGGAUUUCCCGAGAUAUCGUACGGUCGAUACUCAGACAUUCUUGUUCAACGGGGCUACAAAGUUGCUCGUGUUGAGCAGACGGAAACACCCGAUCAGAUGCAGGAGAGAUGCAAACAAACAAAAUCUUCAAGUAAGAUCGACAAAGUAGUUCGCAGAGAGAUAUGUAGCGUGCAAUCGAAAGGAACCAAACGAUCGAGUUUUAUUGAUGGAGACUGCUCAGGAACCAAUCACAACUUUCUUUUGGCCAUCGCUGAAAAGAACGUUGGUUCAAAAUCUACAUAUGGAGUUUGUUUUUUGGAUGUCAUGAUUGGAAAAUUUUAUGUAGGCGAGUUUGAAGAUGACAGACACGGCUCGAGGUUGAGGACACUGGCAUCUCACCACCCACCUGUCCAGGUGCUGUAUGAGAAAGGCAAGUUAUCAGAGAAGACAAAGAUGAUAUUCAAUGGUUGUUUGAGUCAGUGCCUCAAGGAAGGACUCAAAUCUUCCACUGAGUUUUGGGAUGCCACAAAAACGUUGAAGCAGCUUCACGAGUUGAAAUAUUUUCUCCCUGCUGGAAAUGAUGACAAUGAUGAUGAGAAUGCUGAUGGUGUUGAUAAUAAGACAGAGUGGCCUGAAAUAUUUCACAAGCUUACAGAUCCUGAUGACCCCCUUCGUUUGACACCAUCUUCAACUUUCCAGCUGGCGCUUUCGGCCCUAGGUGCCACCGUUUGGUACCUUCGCCGUUGUCUCAUGGAUGAAGAGUUGCUUUCUCUGAAGUCUUUUGAAUUGUACACGCCUGUUGACUACAAUACCGAACAAACUAAUGGCAGGAGUGGGAGUGAACAUGGCAACAUUUCAAAUGUUGAUGAAGAUGCGGCUGAUGAAAGUUAUUCCAGUCAGUGCAAUAGGUCCUCACAGUCCGUUGAGAGCACUAACAAAAGAAUGGUGUUGGAUGGGGUGACAUUAGUGAACUUGGACGUGUUGGUCAACAGCAGCAAUGGUACAAUUGAAGGCACUCUGCUCCAAAAACUUGAUUCCUGCAAAACUGCGUUUGGCAAACGUUUAAUAAAGCAAUGGUUGUGCUCUCCUUUGUGCAAUGUGUCAUCCAUCAAUGAUCGACUGGAUGCCAUGGAGGACCUCAUGAAGGUUAAGGAGGUCACAGCUUCCAUAGUUCCUCUGCUGGCCAAGUUGCCUGACUUGGAGAGAUUACUUAAUAAAAUUCAUACCCUUGGCUCUUCAAAGAGGAACAAGAACCACCCAGACAGCAGGGCUGUAUUUUUUGAAGAUGUAGUUUAUAGCAAACGCAAGAUUGAAGAUUUCUUGCAAACAGUUGAAGGCUUCAGAACCACACUCUCCAUCAUUAAAAAAUUUUCAAACUCCACCUCGGACUUCAAGUCCAACAUAUUGAAGCAGUGUGUGCUGAUGAAAAGUGAAGAUGACCAGGUUGGACGUGGGGCCGGCAGAUUUCCCAACAUCAAACCGACAUUGGAUUUUUUUGAUUCUGCCUUUGAUCAUCAGAAAGCAAGAUCUGCUGGCGUCAUCAAGCCCAUGUUAGGGGUGAACAAGAAUUAUGAUUGUGCUGUGAAUGACAUUAAAAGUAUUGAGGACAAGUUGAAUGGUCUGCUGGAUCAUCUGAAGAAGCAACUUGGCUGCAAGACACUGACAUAUUUUGGUACGGCACGCAACAGAUAUCAGGUGGAAGUGCCUGAAGCAUUUUGUCGUAAGAUUUCGGAUGAUUUUGAAGUGACGUCACAGAGGAAGGGUUUCAAAAGGUACCAAAGUGAAGAGAUAAAGAGGUGGUUCGCGAAGCUGAUGGAUGCAGAGGACAGGAGGGACGAGGCGCAGAGGGACACCAUGAGAUGCAUAUUCGACCAGUUCGACAGGCAUUACAACAAAUGGAUCGAAGCAACUCAGUGCAUUGCGGUGCUUGACGUUCUGUUGUCCUUGUCCGUGUACAGCGGUCAGUCGGAUGGUGUCAUGUGCAGGCCGAAUGUUGUUCCAUACCUCAAAGAGUCAUUCGUUGAGAUAAGAAGUGGCCGACAUCCAUGCAUCGGCGGCAGAACAUUCGUUGGAGGGGACUACAUACCUAACGAUACCAUCAUUGGUCAGCAGGACGAAUCCUCAUCAUCGCCUCGAGUUUUGUUGGUGACAGGUGCAAACAUGGGUGGAAAGUCAACACUGAUGAGACAAGUUGGACUCAUAUGCCUGCUUGCUCAGUUGGGUUGUUAUGUGCCAGCAGAGGUGUGCAGGUUGACCCCCGUGGACAGGAUCUUCACGCGGUUGGGUGCCUCCGACCACAUCAUGUCAGGAGAGAGUACCUUCUUUGUGGAGUUGAGUGAAACUUCGUGUGUUCUGCAACAUGCAACCAAACAUUCCCUCGUUCUCCUCGAUGAAUUGGGUAGGGGCACAGCCACGUAUGAUGGCAAUGCGAUUGCAAGCGCGGUUCUCCAGGAGCUGUCGGACAACAUACGAUGCCUCACCCUCUUCUCCACACAUUACCACACCAUCGUUGAACGAUUUUCAUCCAAUAGGAAUGUUUCCCUGGCGCACAUGGCCUGCAUGGUGGAGAAUGAAGAUGACGAUGAUCCAACCCAGGAAACCAUAACAUUUCUCUUCAAGUUGUCUUCAGGCAAUUGUCCAAAGAGUUACGGAUUCAACGCCGCUCGCCUGGCUGGCAUUCCCGAUCAAGUGAUAAGAGAGGCUCACACGAAAGCACGUCAGUUUGAAGAAUCAGUUAGGACCAUCAAGAUGUUCAGGCAGUUGUGGCGCAUGAAGUCCAGUGAAGCUGCCACAAAAAACAUUUCAUCGAUUAUUUCACAAAUCUGAAGCUACCACAAAAAACAUUUCAUCAAUUAUUAAAUUUAUCCGAAGUACUAAGCCCUUUCUCAUUCUAAAAAUAUUUGUAUCGUUUUCACGCAUGUUCAUUUUGUACUUAAAAGCAGGAACGCAUUGUUGCCAAUGUUGUAAACUGCAGGUAUUAUUAUCGGUGUUAUUUUUGAUUUUUUAACUACUUGAAAACUAUAAAAUUUCAGUCAGCGAUAAUUUUUUUUCAUAAAAAUAAAAAGGCACCCAUACAUCUUAA